UAUGGCGGAAGGUUAGAGGUGUUGAGGAAAACGGAAGUCGUAGUUGGCCUUCGAUGAAUUUUAUUAGUUUGCAAGAAGGGUAUGGAAAGGACCUCUAUCACGCCAGAUCAGCUAUUAAGGAUAUUCAAUGAAGCGCCUUCGUCAAACGUAUCGCCUUCCAAGAUCUGUGGUCAAGAAAAAUUUUACACCCAUCCACCUUUGCUACCUGGAGAGCAGAUUAUUUCACAGCAGGAUCAUGUAACAUGUGUGGACACCUUUGAUGAUAUUACAGAAGGAGUACUCCACAUCACCACCUACAGAGUUAUUUUUGCUGGUUCUCAUAUGAAGCAUGGCCUAGAUGAACAUGAGUUUGUUGAUGCUGAUCCUGAGGAAGUGGCAAGGAGAGGGCAUCACUUUCAAACAAGCUCUAGGAAGGCCUCUCCUAGCCACUCUAAAUGUCACGCAAUCAGGAGUUUUGAAGCAACUCACCCAAGGAAACCAAAUAAAAGGUUGAGUGCUCAUAAUAUUUCUAAGAAAAUAAAAUCAGGUGGCGUGAGAAGAGGACUGCGGCACAGCCAGUCAAUGAAAGGGAAGAACCAUGCAGUGGCUACUCUUCCAGGUGUUUGUGAACAGAGUGUCAAAUUACAAACCCUGAGGCCAAUAAUUCUGUCAAAUAUUGAACAUAUUGAUCAUAGUUAUGAAGUGGAAGUGUCCAUUCCUCUUUCAAGCAUUUUUGACAUUAAGAAGUUCUCCAAGAAGAACUUGCCAAAAGACAAACAAAUGUUUUUGUUGGAUGGAUUUGAAAUUUUCUGUAGCAACAUCCAAUCACAUAGGUUCUGUCCAGGUCUUAUGACCACAAUUGAUGCAGAGGCUGUUAUGAAAAUCAUUCUCCAAACUUCAAAAAUAGAUUUUUCUAAGUUAUUUGCCUUUACUUAUAAAAGCUCCAUCAUUCUGCCUACGUCAUGUACUAUUUUGGACAGUAAAGAUGCUCCCAACUUCUAUAAGUUUGAAGUUGAGUGUGACCGACUCAAGUUAUUCCAUACUGGAAACUGGCAAAUUCACAAAGGAACACGGCCUUUACACUAUCCAGCAAAAGUGGUUGUGCCGAUUUCAGUGACAAAGGAGGAGUUAACUGAAAUAGCUGACGUUCACAGAGGAGAAGGAUGUUUCCCAGUAGUUUGCUGGAGACAUAUCAAUUGCGGUGCAGUCAUGUUAAGGUCUCCUGCAGCAUUGUUCAGAAGAGGCCUUAAAGACUCGCGUUGCCCAGCAGAUGAGAAGUAUCUUGUAACAGUCAGCGCACUUAGUGAAGCUGCUACAGAAAAACUGGUUGUUUUCACUGAACAAAUAAGACAGUCAGGAGGAGGGUUACUGAACUCUUCUCAACAAGUGACUCAAAUGACAGGACAGCUCACUCCACAGGAAGGCGAGACUUUCUAUUAUCCUAACAUCAAGUUUAUGUAUGCUGAGGGAAUACCAGAUGUCAAAUCUGUGAAGCAGAGUGCGUACAAACUUCAAGCAGUUCUCGCAAACAGAAGUGAUGACAGUAAAUGGCUUUCUGCGCUGGAUGAUUGUGAUUGGUUGAUGCAAGUCAGCGAGCUGCUCAAAACAGCCACUCACAUUUCAGUUGCUAUGGAUUGUGACAAGUCAUCUGUCAUGAUCAGUUAUGAAGACGGAAUGGACAGAACAGCUCAGGUGACAAGUCUUUCUCAGUUGUUGCUGGAUCCUUUUUAUAGGACAGUGGCUGGCUUUCAGAUCUUGAUUCAAAAGGAAUGGUUAUCAUUUGGUCACAAAUUUUACUCCCGUACCAUGUCCCCGCAGGCUCAUGAUGAUUACAGUCCGGUGUUUCUUCAAUGGUUGGACUGUGUUUGGCAGGUCCUUCAACAGUUUCCAUUCUCGUUCGAGUUUAACAGCCUUUUACUUGAGGUAAUUGCAGAACACGUUUAUUCCUCGCGAUUUGGAACGUUUAUUGCCAACGCAGAAAGCGAGAGAGAAGAGGAAGAAUAUGAGGAUAAGACAAUUUCCCUUUGGACCUGGUUAAACGUGACUACCAUGGCAAACCCUGAAAAGUUCAUCAAUUUGCGUUAUAAGGAACAACAGCAACAGAGAGUGCUUCGUCCCCUGUACAGAAUACCUUAUCUUAAAUUGUGGUCGUCAUUCUAUGUCAAUCGAUAUCGUUAUGAUCAUGUUCACGAUGCUUCAAAAGCAGCCGAGCUGGAGGCACUGAAACUAGAAGAUAGAUACGAGGAGCUCCAGGAAAAAUACUGCAGUUUGAUUCGUAAACUUGCCGAAGUGGACUCCGAAGAUUACUCUUCUACAUUUUCCUUCCACACAGCUACUCUUCACCGUGCCUUGCAAAAAAAGAGUUCAAACGAUCAUUUUAGCGUGUUUAAGGGUAGCAGGAACAGUUCGCUUGAUAACGGACUUGACGCAUCCGGGACCUGGCCAAGCGAGGCUUCUAACCUGUCCGAAGAGGACCCGGAUACUCUGAUGUCAUCUAUGAAGUCGUUGUCUAUGCCGAGGAGGCGGAUGACACGCAGUCGUUCGUUGGAUGAUAUGUUGACCACUGAUCUGCGGCAAAAAAGAGCUCCUAAGAAAACAACGUUGUUGCGACGGGUCGGGAGCAGCAAAUUCUACACUGAGCAGAUAGUGAAUGCUGUCAAUGCAGAGCCUACCACUGAUGUGAGAAAUCUUCCCAUCUCCGAGAAAUACAACAGUCUAAAAGAGUACCUCGACAGCGAAGGUAUCGAUCUUGGUUCAGAGAAGGAUGUUAUAGUGACUGAAUCACGAUGCUGUGGCUAUAUGGUCAAACAAGGACAGGUUCGAAGGAGUUGGAAGAGACGAUGGUUUGUCCUCGACCUAACUAGGAAAUGCUUGGCUUACUUUGAAACGGAAAAGGCGGAUAUUCCCAAAGGAGCUAUCAGCUGCAAGGCCAUCACCCGUGUGUACGAACACAAGAAGUGUGGCAAGAGCAAAAAUCGGUUCCUGUUUUGUGUGGAUACUCCAGAUCGUACAUACAUUAUGUAUGCACCGAGUGAACAAAGUAUGAACAUUUGGAUAACGUGUCUUACGAUAUCACCGGCCGCUAUCGAACUUCAGAGAGACGAAACGUAGCAAACCCACCUGGAAUGCCGUUGGAAACCUUCUAACAAUGGCUAGAGAAUUGGCAUUGUAACGAGUGUGACUGUGAGAUGAAAUCUUUCAGAAGCUCGUCAAAUACCUCUUCUCGAGAUUGCCGCCCUAACUUGGCUGCAAGCAAGAAGCAAGAAGCAAGAAGCAAGAGAAACAAGUUAAGAUGUAGAUCAUUUUGCACGUUGUGGAUGCAAACUAGGCAUCAUUGAGUUACAGCGGGACAUUCAGCAAAAUUCUGUGCGAGUGACAAAUCGCAAUUUAGAUGGUGGUCUUUACAGGAAACCAUUUUAUACCAUAGUACACUGUUUUUCAAGGAACCAUUGUUGGUCUGAGUCAUUGUGUUGUGUGGCAUUGUUUAUUUAUUCUCUCUUAAAAUUGUUUGAAUGCCACCAUACAAACAAGGCUGAGUAGUAACAAUGGCUUCCUCGCUGACACAUGGAUAGUUACGAAAUGAUACAUAUUUGGGAAAUUCUGCAGUCGCGUUAUUUUGGCGCGAAAUUCUGCGCUACGCAACAUAUUUUUCAUUGAAUGUAGUAUCUCCUGUCAACUAAUCAGACGCGAAUAUUUAGGGCACUAGUCUUAUAGUAGUAUAACAACUGAGGGGUAUUUGUUAACGGUGAUAUCAGGCUAAUGCUCACUUAACUUUUCAGUGUUUGUUUGUUUCUUUCUUUCUUUCACUCUUUUCGUGACGGAUUUCUUGUAGGGGUUGGUACGUGUAAGAGCUGUUCACGUGCAAAGUACUUUAACCCUUUAACCCCUAAGAGAGAUUAUCCUCUAAUUUCUCCUCACAGUAUCUCCUCUGAAUCAAACAUUACAAUCAUGAGAAUUAUGAAAAUAAUCAACAACUACAGAAGCUGUGGACUGUUAAGCAAAUUCUUCUUGUCAGCACCUUCGGAAAUGUAUAGAGAACCGUGUGGAGAAUAUGCAUACUGAGCUUAGAGUGUAAAAUGUUAAAGUAUGGUAGGGUUCGUAGGACAAAUUACAAUGUGGCGGCUCAUAUUUAGUUGCAUGUUAAUCGGGUUUGGCGGGGAGAAGGAUCCUUAGGAGCCUUUUAAAUUGUAUUAUAGAUCAUCUGUGAUAAUCAAAUAUGGAAUUUGGGUAUGGCUGUAAAACAAUUUGUUUAUGCAGUCGAAGGUGUAUUUAAUUUUAAGAAAGGUUUUGGAAAAAAUAUGAUUUUUAUUUCCAUGAUUUCUAAUAAGCUGUAGAUAAUUCACAGUUCUCGUUUUGGAUCAUUAGCAUUCAAGUUUGUCCCCAGAGGUCUUGGAGUAUAAAUGAAUUACUCGGAAACAAUGGAAAUUUUCUAUAGUUAGUAAUCCGUAAAAUUUCAGCUCCUUGCAAGCAAUAUUUUCUGGAAAUAUUAAUGAUCCAAGAGUGUGAAAUGUUUGGGAGGUAAAAUUCCUAGAGAUGCUUUUGUUAUUCGCAUCAUUUCUCAGUUGUAUCCACAUACGGUUCCAAUUUUUAAGUGGCUCAUUCUCAAGUAUGUGCUUUUUGGAAUUACUCUGUUCGUAUUUUGAUCAAAGGAUUUCUAGUAAAUGCCAAUGAUUCCAAAGCAUUUUAACGGGGAUUCAUUUUACUGCGCGCAUUGAGUAAUCUUGUUUUAAUGCUCCCAUAAAUCCAACAUUUUUUUUUCUAUUAAUAAGUUUUAUUCCUCUAACUGAAAUGCUAUGUGUACUUGUAAAUGCUUUAAAUCAAUAAGGAUAUUUUGAUUAGCUGGCAAUUUAUGACCAAAAUUAUAUCAAAGCGAAUAUAUUUUAUAUAAUAGUGGUGGGAUAAAUUUUUCAAGUUAUUUUGAUAUAUGAUUGAUUUUAUAACAAGUUGUUAAAAAAUAAAAUGUGUAGAAUAUUCCAUAGAAAAUGAAAUUAAUAGAUUAUUUCUCAGUAGGGAAAGAUUCAGUGCAAGAGAAUUAUUAGGAAUUAAUAAAUUUCACAACUUCCAAUG